AUUUUUGAAAUAAGUGCAAGUUUUCUUUUUGAAAAAUACUGUUAUUUGAGGCCUAAAUCAAGUCAGGAUUAGGUGCAGUCGGUUAAACUUUGGUCGAUUUAUUUUAAAAAGUGAUCAUAGUUCAAUCUGUCUUUACGGUUCGACUGUGUUUCACAAGAAAUAUUGUCAGUAAGUGGCCACCAGUUGUGGAAGUGAAACGCAUCUUUAGGGCUUCCAUAGUUUUUUUUAAAGACUGACAUUUUACACCAUGGCAAGGAGAAAGGGGAAAAAAAUACAAGUCGGUGAUAAUUUAACCACGAUGGACCGCGUCGUUAUUUGUGCAUCAGAAGUUUGUGCAACUGCAAUUCUUGUAUUUCUUGGAUGCGCUGGAUGCAUAAAUUUCGGUAUUCCUCCCACUCACUUACAGAUCUGUCUUACUUUUGGACUUGCUGUCAUGGUCUCAGUUCAGUGUUUUGGUCAUAUUUCUGGAUCUCAUAUUAACCCAUUAGUAACAGUAGCAGCCGCCACUUUAGGUAACAUUCCAUUAAUUCAAGUACCUAUUUAUUUCGUUGGCCAAAUGUUGGGAGCCCUGACUGGUUUUGGCUUAGUGAAGUUGGCCACCCCGACGGAAUAUUUCGAAACUAAUUCAACAAGUGUGGGCUUGUGUUCGCCAGCCCUCCACCCGGGAGUCACCCCCUUCCAGGGCCUUUUGAUCGAAUUUCUUAUUUCUCUAAUGCUCACACUUGUGUGUUGUGGAGUUUGGGACUGCAGAAACAAUACAAAACACGAUUCCGUUCCGCUUAGAUUCGGGUUGGCUAUUGCUGUUUUGGCUUUAGCUGGGGGACCAUACAGUGGAGGGAAUAUGAAUCCGGCGAGGAGUUUUGCUCCGGCGUUGAUAAAUGGAGACUGGGAAAAUCAUUGGAUUUAUUGGGUUGGCCCUUUAAGUGCUAGUUUCGUCGGUGCUCUGUUUUAUAGAUUCUUGUUUGGGAAAGAACCAGUCGAAGAUGAACAAGGAAAUGUCGCUGAAACUAUUGCUUUGAACGAUAAAGCUUAACUCAGUUGUAUGUUAUUACACAUUUUUUUAAAUUAUUAAAAGCUGUGUUUUUAAAAUCUCGGCACAAUUGGGUUUUCUCAACUACAUGUUGUAUAUAAUAUUAUGAUUAUAGUAUACUAGGUACUAGGUACUAUACACAUAAGCUGCCAUUUUUGCUUAACUGUUGACGAAAAUAUUUUACCAAACCUUUUUUAAUUAUCAAUAGUAAUAUCUCGAGUACAUGCCAAAUUGUCGAUAAUUUCAAAUUAGAAUCAAUUUGGCAUGCAGAAGGCGUAUUUGCAGACUAUUUCCCGAACAAAAUUUGUAAAAACCAUAUUUUCAUUAUGAGAAAUUAAAAAAAUAUAUAUUUAUGUUAAUCAGAUUUUUCAAAUUUCUAAUAUUCGUCCACCUAGAUUCGCGGUAAUUUAGCACACGGGAAAAAUAUCGGAUUGUCGCCUAAUUUGAAUCUGAUUGGAUGAAUCUCAGAAAUGUAAAAGAUAUGAUUGGCUUAAAUUUUGUGAGGUAAAUAGUCAAAGGAAUUGAAUAUUUUUGACAACAAUUAAUGAGAAAGUGUUAAGUUAAGUGCCGUAAAACUGUCGAUUUACAUCUAUUUCAUUUUCUUUUUCAUGAAAUUUUACAGUACAAACGUAUAUUUGUAGAUCAACUUGAAAAAUAAACAUUAUUUUAGUA